CAAUCGUGUUUAUUUUUCGUGUCCCUGUCAACCUCGUAAGAAAGUAAGUAUGAUCUCGGUAAGUCGUAGACCAGGUUGUAGACAAAGACACUAAUGUCAUCAUCAUCAAUGAUACAUAUAUAAAUAUUGUCUUCAUUAUAUAAAAAUAUACACUAUUAUUUUUUAAUUAUAGUCUACUACAUCCUGUCGGCACGAAUCAAUUUCGAGAACGUAUUCAAAGUCUAGGUAUAGUGCACAGUUUACAUUAACUUCAAGAUAAUAAUCAAAACGUACCUCUAGUCUCAGACUCCCGUUAUUAACUAAAUUCUAAUGAAAAGCCUGAGCCCCCAACAGGUCAGGCUUAAUUAAAAAACAUACAGAUCGUAUCUUCCAUGAACAUGUGAGCGUGAAAUGCAAAAAUCCGUAUUUCCAAAGUGAAAACAUUCAUAUCUCUGAGUAAUUAUCCCUUUUAAAUUAUGGUUGUAACGGUUAAUCCAAAACUUGUUUUCCAUUAAUGAAUAAGCAAAGAUAGUUUGAGGAAAAGUGAUUGUGUAGGAUGAUUAUUGAGUAAUGAUGUUUUCAAAGGUUAUAACGGGUAAAACUUGAAAGUUGGUCAUUUUUUAUAUGGAGAUUGGAAUAAGUCUUAAAGAAAAGAGAUAGGGGCCUCAAAUAUGAUUUUUUAAGAUAAUCAUAUAUAGCUAGGAUGACAUACAAUGUAUACUAUUACUUUAUGAGAUAACUAAUGAAAAAUAAAAGAGUGGGGAGUAGGGUUUAUUACCUUAAAAGAUCUUUACAGGAUCGCUUAGUCUUCCUUCAGCUAUUAAAAAUAGUGGAUGUUAGAUAACUUAAAAAAGUUUUUUAGUCUGAGUGUAAGCAAAUAAAUUAAUUUAAAAUGGCUCAAAGUCGAAUUGGUGAUGAAAGUGCAUUGUGGGUGAAUUGUGACAAUGAAAUUGAUGAAGAAGAAUUCGAAAACAACACAAAAUUUGUUGAAGCACAAGAACGUCUACGAGACAUUAUAGAGGCAAAGAAUCUGAUGAGUGAUAGUGAUGAUCACUCACUUCUGGCAGCAGCUGAACAAUAUGAGAGAAUCGAUGAGUUAUCCGCAAUUAUAACAAAGGCUGAACAAACAGCCCAAGAUGUAUUUGACGAAUCUACCAGUACACCGGAUGGACUUCAAUUUGCAGAAGAAUUCGUGGAGGAAAUUCUCAACAAGGAAAAGAGAGUGCCUUUGAAUGAAGAAAAGAAAAAGUUCUUCAGUCAAGAAGAGGAUAUGUUUGCGAUCUUACAACCAUACAGCGAGGAAGAAAACAUCCUUAAAAAUUUAAGCCAUAAUAUUCAAGAUGGUGAUAGUUGGGAGAUAAAAUUUAAAAAUAUAUGUGCAAACAUUGUUCAUACAAUCAAUAAUGAACUUGGUGAACAUAUAACAAUGAAUAUGGUGUCAAUUAUAAUUGAAUAUGAUCAUGAUGGACAAGGAAGUCUCACUGAAUUCAUUGAAGAAAAAAAAAUACAAGUGUCUUCAAACUUUUAAAAGACCUGUUUUUUUUCGAAAAUCAGACAGAAAAGAACAUCGAUCAAAUUCUAGAGUUCGAUGAGAAGCUCUUUCGACACCAGGAACAAAAAGACACCAAUCAAAUUUUAGAGAUCGCUAAGGAAGUCUUUCAACAAGAGGGUCUUCGAAAAGAAAAAGAAAAAAUAUUAAAAUUGUAGAAAAUAAAAAAUUUAAAAAAAAAUUCCACAUAAUCACCAAAUUAGAUUAUGUUGCCACUGAAUAAUAAUAAUAAUCAUAAUCAUAAUUAUAAAAUUUGUAAUUUUCAUUAAAAUUUUAGU